UAUAUAAUAUUUGAAUUAACCAUAAAUUGAAUCAAGGGAGGAUAUGCAUGUUAUCAAAAUUGCGAGUACUAUCUUGAUCAUUGGUUAAACCAGUGGACAUGAUAAUCCCCGGAGGGCAAUAGAAGGAACCGUGUGAACGCCUCGGUGCCGACACCUAAUCGAUUGUCUUGUCCUACUGCAGGAAGCUUCCUUUGUGGUGAAUGUUAAAAAGGUACAAGUCCAAAAUAGCUUUCCAAGCGCCAGGCGUGUCGCCUUGCCGUAUUAGCGUGCAUCACGUGUUGUACGUAACUCAGAAAAAUCUAAAGAAAAAUUCUGAAAAAGUAAUCCAUUAGAAUCCCCCAUCGCCCAGCUGCAGAAUUUUAAAAGCUGGGUCUUUUUCUCGCCUGGAAUGUAUAUCCUUGUCACCAGAUCAGCGCUGUGAGAUGGAAGGGAACAAAAUCAGCAUAGAUAUUUCCAGAAGUGAUAGAAAUGGAAAACCCAAGGUGCUUGAUCCAGCAUUUUCUGCAAUUUUUGUUCAGCUUCCUCACAAACUUCGAAAUUGCCUUAAGUCACAGCUCAAGAGAUUAGCAAAAGAUAAUGACAGAAUAAAAGCAGUGAACUCUUUUCUUGGGAAGGAGAAAAGUUCAUCUACUGGAUUGGGGGUUGAUUUGGAGAAACAAUUGCAAGCUUGGAGAGAAAAUCCUUCAUGGGUCGAUCAACCUGCAGAAAUAAAGGUCAGUGUACCAAAAGGUUCUCUUUGCAACCUUAAGGCAAAAGUUGAUGUUGGGUUGCCCCCAGAUGCAGUAUAUAAUAUUGUAACUGAUCCUGAUAACAAGAGAGUUUUCAAGAAUAUUAAGGAAGUCAUAUCUAGAGAGGUUUUAGUUGAUGAAGGUCAAAGACAGGUGGUUGAAGUGGAGCAAGCAGCUUUGUGGAGAUUCCUUUGGUGGUCAGGGACCAUCUCAGUUCAUGUUCUAGUGGAUCAAAAUAGAGAUGAUUACUCGAUGAAGUUCAAACAAGUCAAAACGGGAUUCAUGAAAAAAUUUGAAGGUCACUGGAGAGUAGAACCUGUUUUUGUGGAUGAAGAAACCUGCUUCCCUUUCAAACCUAAAACAUGGGCAGAGUACUGUUCAUGUACUGCUGGUAAAGGAAGGGUUGGGUCAAAGGUGAGCUUGGACCAACUAAUUCAGCCAGCCAUUAUCCCUCCCCCACCCAUCUCUUGGUAUCUAAGAGGAAUAACUGCCAAGACGACGGAGAUGCUGAUACAUGAUCUACUUGCUGAAGCUGACAGACUCAAGGGUGGCUUUGACUCUGGAAAUUCAGACAAGGAGCUUAGAUUAUCCAAGAAAAUAAAUGAACAUCAGCAAGUUGAGCAGAUAUGUGACAUUAAAGAAAGAUGGAACUCACGUAGGAGAAAUGCAAAGCAGCAUCGUAAGAAGCUAUUGGCUGCUGAGUCAUCUAUUUUCUGAGUGGUUCAAAUUCAUCUGUAAUGUGUUGCAUCAGUAUUUUAUAUGGAAAAUUGCCCAACAACAUUAGUAGCGGUGUUUCCAUUUUAACUCUUGAAAGAUCCAUCUGUUACUUCAAAACAUUUGUAUGACUUAUGUAAUUCCAGUUUAGUGUUAGUAAAGCACGUUUGAUCAAUGAGAACAAGAGGACUGGCAUCUUCGAACUAAAUUGUUAUGUUUGGA